AUGGCUCCAAAGAGGAAGCACGUCGCGUCGCCCACCGCCCCGACGCCAGAGGCAGGGCCGUCUGCCAAAAAGUCGCGCGCGGGUCUGAACGCCCAGUCGACCAACUCCACCGCCGACGAUGACAAUGACAACAACCACUCGUACAAGGUCGAGGCCGAGUGGGAGCUGGUCGGCACUGACAAGAAGUACACUCGCUUCAUUGGCAGCAAGUCCCUCAACGCUGUCGUUCCAAUAGUCGCCGACCGUCUUGGCGCGUCCAUGGUCGGUCUCCAGAUCAUGCAUGUUCGCCAAGGAGGUAUGGAGUCACCCGUGUGGGAUGACUACGACUUUAAGGCCAUCAGGAACCGCGCCGAGGCCACUGGGUCAAAGAAGGAGACACUUCGCGUGUACUCGGCGGCGAUCGGGCAGCAUCCCACCCCACCGUCAUCUCUUGCAGGCUCAGCACCACCAUCGGUGGAAAGGACCACUGCUCGUGAUACCUUAUCCGUCCCGACUCCUUACCGCCCGCCCACUUCGGCUCCGACACCCCGCUCCGCUCUGCGUACGCCUGGCGCUAGCGAUACGCCGCGCACCCAGAAGCGCGUCCUCAUUGCCCUCCCGACCGACUCCCCACCCUCUACUCCAUCUCCGGCAUAUGGCGAUCACAUUGGUCCCGGACAGUACUCGGCUUCCCCCAACUUUCAGCUUGGCCAGCAACCCAACAACUCGCAGGGCAAGACGACCAACAACAGGAACAGAAAGAAGAAACAUAAGCGCAAGAGCAUCGAGAGCACAGAGGAGGAGGAGGAUGAGGAGGUACCCCCGCCCUCACGAUCGCCUAGAUUCUCUGUCUCGUCGCCAGUGACUUCCACUUCGGCUUCCUCGACGUUUGUUCUUGGACCAGUCCCCACCCCCAGCGAGGCUCACACCCACGCCCCUCCUACCUCGUUGCGUCCCACCACAACCAGCACGACCCCAGCCGCCGCCAGCGAUAAGGAGAUCACCUCUGUUUCUGCAGCUACACCUGCUGCCCCUCCCACGAUUGCAAAGGUCCAGCAGUACAAGCCCUCACGUCCUAGUCCGCUGUCCCAAACGGCAGCUAGUCCAAGCGCCACGCCGGCCGCUGCUGAUGAGAGGCCAAAGAAGAAGGGUCGUGUGUCGGAUGCUGCUCCGGUUGUCAAGGCCGUUGCCAAGCCAUCCGACAACCUGCCACUCCUUGUUGGCGGCCUUCCUCCGGUCGUCGGUGCCGUCGAGCCUGCCCCCGCGCCCGUGGCCAUCCCUGUCCCCGGUGCUUCGGUAGCAGCCCAGUCAGCUCCAGCUGCCAUUCCGGUCCCUGGUGCGCCAGCUGCUAAGAAGAAGAAGAAGGGCCAGGAGGUGGCCGCCAAGGACCAGGAGCCCAAAUCUGCAGAGCCUGCAGAGGUGCCAGUGCCAAAAGCCAAGAAGGUCCGCUCCCGUCGGUCGGCUGGUCGCAAGUCGCUUGACAGCGAGCUCAACACCGAAGCCGCACCACAGCAGCCCCAGCCCCAAGCCGAGGCCGCACCCUCUGCUCCUACCGCACAGACCAAGGCUACAGCUUCCACUACGGCCGCCAAGGCUGCUCCUCCUGCUACCCCCUUGACUCGUCAACAAAUCAUCGCGAGCAUCGUUGCCGACAUCAAUGCGUCGCUGGCGGCCAAGAACAGCCCUGCGCCUCUUGCUCCCACCCCCGCUGCCGACCCGAGCAAGACCCCUGCACCUCAGACUCCUGCCCCAGAACACGCGACGCCGACACCCAAGUCCAAGCUCAAGAGCAAAGACAAGCCCGUCAAGGAGAUGGUUGCAAAGGGCACCAAGCCAGAGUCCACCACUCAGCGCAUGUUGAAGGAGCUUCAUAAGAAGCGCGCCACAACAGAGCCUGAACUUCCUUGGGAUCCUCGGGAGCCGUUUGCCGCCGCUCCUGAACCUACUUCGGAAACCCCGCAGCCCUCUUCCGCCGCUCCUGAACCCUCGCCGGAUGGCCCCGCGCACCCCACUGCUGCGACCGAGCCCGACUCUUUGGAACAGACCACUCCCGCCGCGAAGAAGCGUUCCCGCAAGUCGGAUGCUACCACCCCGGUCGCAAACGGCAAGCAGAACGGCACGCCUGGCAGUGCAAAGUCCGCGACCGCCACUCCCAAAUCGGCAGCUGCAGCACCAAGCACGCCGUGCGUCAUCUGUGGCGAACUGAAUUCCCACCUUCAAAAGGACUGUCCUGCUGUGGCGGCUGGUGUCGAGAAGCUCAAGGAGCGCCUCGAAGUCCGCCGUGCCGACCUCGUGCAGCUCCGCAAGGAGGGCAAGAACCGUCGCCAGUCUGACAUGAAGGGACUGGAUGAGGCCAGUGACUAUGGCUGCCAGGCUAUCAAGAGCUGGAUUCAGCGCUUGACCAACAUUGCGGCAAAGGUGAAUGGCACCGAGAGUCCAGCAAAGUCCAUGGCUGCAACGCCCCAGUCGCCCGCCACUGUCGCUGUCAAGACACCUGUACCCGUCACGCCUGCCACGGCUGAGGAGCCCAUUGUGAUUGAUGAUGACGAGGAAGAGGAUGAAGAGGAUGAAGAAGACGAGGACAAGGAGGCGGACGGCACGUCGUCGGCCGCUUCGUCACGGGCAUCUUCUCCCAACUCGUCCGCUGCGUCCACCCCCGUUGUGGUUGCGCCUGAGACUCCCUUCUACCCUGCAACCAUCCACCUCAAGGCCCUGGCCCGCCCCCGCCGCCCCGGAUCGAUGUCGGGUCUGAGCGUGAGCGAUGCUGUCAUCGAGACGGGUGAUAGCGGCUCCGAGUCUGAGGAGAGCGGUUCCGAGAACGAGAACGAGUCCCUUUCCGGCGCUUCGUCUGACAACUCGUCGAGCGACGAUGAGGAUGUGGACCCCGCCGAGCUCAUGCGCCGCGUCAUGAACAAACCCCUCUCGAGCAGGCAGCGCCAGCGUGCGCGCCUGAGUGCUGCGUCCAUGCACCACGUCGAGGAGGCCAGCGCGUCCGACAUCGAGAGCGACGAAGAGCUUCCCCAGCACGCCCUCCAGCGCCGUGGAUCCGACUCGAGCAUCGGCGACUUUGAGGACGAGACCACCAAGGCUGCCCACAGCGACGCUGAGAGCGAGAGCGAAGGCGAGGACACCAAGGACGCCAAGGCCGCGCUCCUCAACUCUGUCGCUGAUGCGACCAUGGUUGUGGAAGAGGCAUCUGAUGUCGAAGUGGAGGAGGUGGAGGUGGAGGAAGCGGAACAGAGCGAUGUCGAAGAGCUCCCUCAGCCGUCUCAGCCUGCCGAGGUUGUCGAGCCUGUCGAUGACCUCGAGCCCAUCGUCACUGAUCAGCCCGCCGACGAGGCCGCCGACGAGGCGAUGGACGUCGACGAGACCGUUCCGGAACCUGAAGUCGAGGCUACGCCUAAAAAGGUUGCCGCGGCCGAUCACUCCUCGCCCGCUACCGAGAGGCGCGCGUCGCGUGGCUUCAACAACCUCAUUCCGAACAGCCCUGUGCUCGAAGAGUUCCCGGGUGACAUUGCGCUCCGCGAGGCCAUCGAGGAGGACGCGCCCAUCAACCGCGAUACGACGCCUACACCCGAGCCUGAGAGCGACGACCUCCACGCCACUCAGGUUGACGUCAUGCAGCUCGAGUCCCUCCAGCCGUCCCAGGUUGAGCAGCCCCAGGCUGAGACAGAGGAGGAGCAGGAGCCCGAGCCUGAGCCAGUGAAGCCUGCGCCGAAGCGUCGUGGACGUCCGCCCAAGAACCCUCCCUCGUCUCCUCUCAAGGUGCCUGCUAGCCAACCGACCCCUUCCCGCUCGCUACGCGCAGCCUCGCGCGAGCCAGCUCCUCUUCCCGCGAGCCAGCCUGAGACUCGUAGUGGAAGGGUCACUCGCAGCAGGGGUACCUUGGCGAGCAGCGUCGCCCAGCCUCCUGCUCCUCCCGCCACCCGUCGUCGUACUCGUGCGGCCUCCAAGGAGCCCCCUGCCACUCCGGCCACGACCCGCAGGACGCGUGCCGCUUCUGUCGAGGCUGCCGCUGCCGCAGCGGAGGCUGAGGUUCCUGCAUCGCAGCCACCGACACAGCCCAUCAUCGAAGAGUCCGAAGACGAGUUCCACAAUGCCAAGGAGACUCCGCGGGCAAACAACAACUUGUCGUCACCUGUUUUGCGUAACACGCGCAACGUUCGCUCCGCUGUCGCCUCCUCCCAGGUCGAUGAGCUGGACUCGUCCUACCCCGUCAAGACGCAGCUCAGCCCCUUCACGCAGAAGAGCCCUCUUCCACCCUCGAGCAUGCCCAACGGCCACGCACACGACAUCGAGGUUCACGACUCUGCAACUCAGUCGAGCCCGCUACUCCACCGCCGUCGCCCGGUCGAGGAAACUCCCCUCUUCAUGUCCGAGGGCAGCCAGGCCCUCGCUACUCAGGCGUACAACGCGUUCCCAGCCCCCCUUGUUCCCGAGACCCAGAUCCCCGAGACGCAGGAUCUGCAGUCGUCGGUGGCUGGCAGCUCGGUGACUGGCUCGAGCGCCCGCGGCGGUAAGGGCAAGCGCACGAACGGCAAGUCCAACGGCGGCGGUCUUGCUCCAACCAUCGACGAUGACGACGACGAGGCGACCGCCACCAGCAUUGUCAAUGGCGGCGGCACGUACGCGUCGGACUCUGACGACGACACUGCGACCACCACGUCGCGCAUGUUCCCCCCCAUCCCGCUGUCGUUGCCUCGCCGGUCGACGGCCGCUCCCCUGUCGAGCUCGUUCCCGACCCUCUCCGCCUUGCCAAAGGAUUUGUUGAGGUCGGGUAAGAGUGUGGGCACGUCUGUGUGGAACGCUGUCACUGGAUCAGGAUCGCGUACCACGGGUGUCCUCCCAAGCCAGCAGCGUGAUGACGAGGACAGUGAAGAGGAGAGUGGCAGCGGCACCGACUCGGAGGACGAGGUGGUGCCCGAGUCGCGCAAGGGCAGGUAUGCUGGAGGAGCGCGCCGGAAGAGCCGGCUGAGCAAGACUGGUGGCGCAAUGUCUGGUUGGUAA